GACGUGUCCGACGGAUGCGCAUCAAACUGUGCGCAUUACGAAAGCAACAAUCUCGACACGCGAGUUCCAAGCUUCGGCGAAUCAACCAUUAGAGAUCAAUUUAUACGAAACUCAAUACUUCCGAGUCGUCGAACGGCAUCGCCGUAACCCUAGCCGAACCCCUCAUCGAACAUCAAUCAUCCCACCACAAUCUUGAACCAUGUCUCAGCCAACAAACUCCGGCAUCAUAACUGACAAAAACGGCGAGCGUGUCAUCCCCGAGUCUAAGAGAGCCGACGGGAGUACCAGAAAAGCUAUUAAAGUCCGCCCCGGCUACCGCCCGCCUGAGGAUGUCGAGGUGUACAAGAACCGCACCGCCGAGGGCUUUCGUCAGCGCGGCAAAGGCCCAGUGCCGGGCGCAGAAGGAUUGAAGGAGGACAAGUCGGACCAGCAGCUCAGUGCGGCGGCAAACAAAAACGCCAAACGUCGGGAAGCGCGCAAAAAAGCCAAGGCUGCUGGCGAAAUAGAAGGCGAGGAUCAGAAGACAGCUGAUGCAGCGGCCCCUGCACUCAAGCCAGAAGAGCUCGACCCGGAAGCCGAGAAGGAGAAGAAGGCCCGGAAUUUAAAGAAGAAGCUUCGCCAGGCCAAGGAGCUGAAGGACAAGAAGGAUGGUGGAGAGUCGUUGUUGCCUGAACAGAUCGCCAAGGUUAUCAAGAUCAACGAACUCAUCCGGGAAUUGGAUGCCCUUGGUUUCGACUCUGAAGGGGAGCCAAAGACCGCAAAGGCUUCGUCUGAACCAAAAGAGGACUCGACCUGA